CUAUCUCAGAGUACGAAGAAGAGAUCAACCGUCAGCGCAGACUGCUGGAUAUCGUUUGGAAACCUGAAAUAAAGUUACACAGAAUAGAGCUCCCACAGGAACAUGUCUGUAAGGAGGAGGAGGUUCUCACUGACCAGCAGCUCUGUGACCAGGAGAGGAACUCAAGUCUGGACCAAGAGGAACCAGAACCUCCACAGAUUGAAGAUGAACAAGAGGAACCAGAGCCAUCAGAGAUUAAAGAGGAACAAGAGGAACCAGAACCUCCACAGAUUGAAGAUGAACAAGAGGAACCAGAGCCUCCACAGAUUGAAGAGGAACAAGAGGAACCAGAGCCAUCAGAGAUUAAGGAGGAACAAGAGGAACCAGAACCUCCACAGAUUGAAGAUGAACAAGAGGAACCAGAGCCUCCACAGAUUGAAGAGGAACAAGAGGAGCCAGAGCCUCCACAGAUUAAAGAGGAACAAGAGGAACCAGAGCCUUCAGAGAUUAAAGAGGAACUCUGCACCAGUCUUGAGAUAGAACAGCAGUUACUGAAGCAGAAGACAGAAACCUUGAUGUUGACUCCUACUUGUGAGGAAAGUGAAGAUCAGACUCUGGACUUGAUUCCUGAUGAAAGUCAGAUUGACAAGUCUACCACUUUAAAGAUUCACAAUAAUACUUUGACAGGGAAACAGUGUUUUGAAUGUGACACUUGUGGGAAAUCAUUUGUGGCCAAGGGCAGUUUGUGCAGACAUCUCAAAGUCCAUACAGGUGAGAAGCCGUAUACAUGUGACACCUGUGGGAAAAGAUUCUCUGAGCUGGGCACAUUAAAAAGGCACAUAAGAACACACACAGGUGAAAAGCCGUAUACAUGUGACACCUGUGGGAAAAGAUUCUCUAAGCAGGGUACAUUAAAAGUGCACAUAAGAGUCCAUACAGGUGAGAAGCCAUACAAUUGCAAAACUUGUGGGGAGAAGUUCAGACAUACUCAGAUGUUGAAGAUUCACAUGAGAACACACACAGGUGAGAAGCCGUACCCAUGUAACACUUGUGGGAAAACGUUCACAUGUAUUCAGUACUUGAAGAAUCACAUGAGAACACACACAGGUGAGAAGCCGUACCCAUGUAACACUUGUGAGAAAAGAUUCUCUAAGCAGGACAGCUUAAAAGUGCACAUGAGAGUCCAUACAGGUGAGAAGCCAUACAAUUGCAAAACGUGUGGGGAAAAGUUCAGACAUACUCGGCAGUUGAAGAUUCACAUGAGAACACACACAGGUGAGAAUCCGUAUCCAUGUAACACUUGUGAGAAAAAAUUCUCUGCGCUGUGCUUUUUAAAACUGCACAUGAGAACACACACAGGUGAGAAACCGUAUCCAUGUAACACUUGUGAGAAAAAAUUCUCCACGCUGGGCAUAUUAAAAGUGCACAUGAGAACACACACAGGUGAGAAGCCGUAUCCAUGUAACACUUGUGAGAAAAGAUUCUCUAAGCAGGAAAGCUUAAAAGUGCACAUGAGAACACACACAGCUGAGAAGCCGUACAAUUGCAAAACUUGUGGGGAAAAGUUCACACAUACUCAGCACUUGAGUAGACACAUGAGAACACACACAGGUGGGAAGCCGUAUCCAUGUAACACUUGUGAGAAAAAAUUCUCUAAGCCGAGCAUAUUAAAAGUGCACAUGAGAACACACACAGGUGAGAAGCCGUAUCCAUGUAACACUUGUGAGAAAAGAUUCUCUCGGCUGUGCUUCUUAAAAGUGCACAUGAGAGUCCAUACAGGUGAGAAGCCGUAUCCAUGUGAUACCUGUGGGAAAAGAUUUCGUCUCCUGAACAAAUUAAAAGUACACAUGACUCUCCAUACAGGUGAGAAGCCGUACAAAUGCAAAACUUGUGGGAAAAAGUUCAGAUCUACUACGAACUUGAAGACUCACAUUAGAACACACACAGGUGAGAUGCCGUACAAAUGCAAAACUUGUGGGAAAAAGUUCAGAUGUACUAGUAACUUGACGACUCACAUGAGAACACACACAGGUGAGAAGCCGUACCCAUGUAACACUUGUGAGAAAAGAUUCUCUACGCUGAGCAAAUUAAAACUACACAUGACUCUCCAUACAGGUGAGAAGCCGUACAAUUGCAAAACUUGUGGGAAAAAGUUCAGAUCUACUACGAACUUGAAGACUCACAUGAGAACACACACAGGUGAGAUGCCGUACAAAUGCAAAACUUGUGGGAAAAAGUUCAGAUGUACUAGUAACUUGACGACUCACAUGAGAACACACACAGGUGAGAAACCGUACCCAUGUAACACUUGUGAAAAAAGAUUCUCUAUGCUGGGCACAUUAAAAUUGCACAUGAGAACACACACAGGUGAGAAGCCAUACAAAUGUAAAACUUGUGGGAAAAAGUUCAGAUGUACUCAGCACUUGAACACACACAUGAGACACACAGGUGAGAAGCCGUACAGAUUAAGCAACAAACACGGUUUAAGCAGUGUGCGACUACCUCGAGCACCACUUUAUUCUGUGUCCGGUCUGCAGUCAGGGGUACUUGGCUCCUGUGGGAGUAACAUGGGCUUGAGUUAG